AUGGACCACCAUAAGAGUAACCCUUUGAUUUUGGUUGAUGAUCUUGCAUCUGAAACUCCUGCUCCAUCUGAGAGUGCUACCACCAACAAAAAGGAAAUUUCAAAUGUUUGGAAUUUUUUCACAAAAAUAGGAAAAGAUGAGGAUGGCAUUGAAAAGGCUGCAUGUAAGUAUUGUGGUAAUAGCUACAAAGUUGGAAAAAACCCAGUUACUAAAAACAAUUAUGGAACAUCACAUUUAAGUCGACAUGUCCAUGUAUGUAGAAGUAUUGCAAACUUAGGUGUGGAUCUGAAUCAAGAAGGAAAGUUUGGGACACGAAAAAUCAAUCAAAAGAUUCAUCGGAAGUUACUUGCGAGAGCCAUAAUUAAACAUAGCCUUCCUUAUAAUUUUGUUGAAUAUGAAGGGAUCAGAGAGUGGAUAAAAUACAUUAAUCCUAAUGUUGACAUGAAAUGUAGGAACACUACUGUAUCAGAUGUGGAAAAGGAAUACAUUGAACAAAAGGAUAAAGUUAAACAAAUCAUGUCUAGGAUUCCUAAUAGAAUUUGUUUAACCUCUGAUGUUUGGACUGCAAUUACUUUUGAGGGAUAUAUUUGCCUAACUGCACACUUUGUUGAUGAAAACUGGAAAUUGACAAGUAAGAUUCUUAACUUCUGUCGAAUGAAACCACCACAUACAGGUGUUGAAAUAGAAAGUGUUGUGUUUGGUUGCCUAAAGCAAUGGGUUCAAGAUGGUUUAAAGGUGAUUGACAAAGCACUCCAUAGUAUUAGAGAGAGUAUUAAGUAUGUUAAAUCAUCAGAUGGAAGAACUCUCAAAUUCAAAGAAUGUGUUAGUGAUGCUGGCAAAAAUAUGAGCAUGGGUUUGAGAUUAGAUGUGACUACAAGGUGGAAUUCAACCUAUUUAAUGCUUGAAAGUGCAAUCAAAUAUAAGGAAGCUUUUGAAAUUCUCAAAGUGGUUGAUAGAAAUUAUAAAAAUUUUCCAUCUUCUGAGGAAUGGGAUAGGGGAGAGAAAGUAUGUCAAUUCUUAGAACCAUUUUAUGAGAUUACAAACAUGAUGUCUGGUUCAUCUUAUCCCACUUCAAACUUGUAUUUUAUGCAAAUUUGGAAAAUUCAGCUCAUCAUUGAAGAAAAUUUGUUGAAUGAAGAUGUCAUCUUGAAGGACAUGGCUUGUAAUAUGAAAGAAAAGUUUCAAAAGUAUUGGAAGGAGUAUAGUAUUGGGUUAGCUUUUGGAGCUAUUCUUGAUCCACGACUAAAGGUUGAUUUUAUGACAUAUUGUUAUAAAAAAUUGGAUCCUCUAACCUAUGCAGAGAAAACAAAGAAAGUGUUAGAGAAGUUCAAGAGGUUAUUUAAAGAAUAUGUAAAGAACUUUUCUACCUCUAGUGUUUCUCUUUCUCAAUCACCUACUGAAUCCAUCUUGAUGUCUCAGUCCAAUACUGAAGGGAAAAAGUUUAAGAGAUCAAGAAUUAUUUUGGAUUUUAAAAUGUAUCAGAAUGAGUCAAAAUCUAUCAUUGGAAAGAACGAGAUAGAUGUUUAUUUAGAUGAACCAACAAUAGAUGAUGAUGAAGACAGUGAAGAUUUUGAUGUGCUCAAAUAUUGGAAGACUAAUGAGAAAAAGUUUGCCAUAUUGUCUAUAAUGGCUCGAGAUGUGUUUAGUAUUCCUAUUACUACAGUGGCAUCAGAGUCAGCUUUUAGUAAAGGUGGACGUGUACUUUCGAAAUAUAGAAGCUCCAUUCUUCUUGAGCAUGUGCAAAUGUUGAUUUGUACUCAAAAUUGGCUAUAUGGAUUUUCUGAAAAUCCUAGUGAUGAAAUUGUUGAAGAUAUUUUUGGUCAUGAGGGAAUUGAUGAGUCUAAACUUUUAGAAGAUGUUGAAAGUCUUCAACAUUGUGGGGAGUGA